UAAUGCAUUCGAAAUCAAAAUCAAUUCAUUCUGAAUUCUCAUUGCAGCUUCAUUUCAAUUACAAGAUUUUGUAAAAAUGUUUAAAUACACCUUUGUUUUCUGUCUCGUCAUUGCCUUUGUGGCAGCCUAUCCCCACAAGAAGGAGGAGCAUCAUGGUCACGAUGAUCACAAGGGACAUGGUCACGAUGAUCAUAAAGGUCAUGAUGAGCAUCAUAAACAUGACGACCACAAGGGUCAUGAUGACCAUAAGAAACAUGAUGACCAUAAGGGCCAUGAUGAUCAUAAGGGUCAUGAUGACCAUAAGAAACAUGAUGACCAUAAGGGUCAUGACGAUCACAAGGGACAUGAUGACCAUAAGGGUCAUGACGAUCACAAGGGACAUGAUGACCAUAAGGGUCAUGACGAUCACAAGGGACAUGGUCACGAUGAUCACAAGAAACAUGAUGAUCAUAAAGGACAUGAUGACCAUAAGGGACAUGAUGACCAUAAGGGUCAUGAUGACCACAAGAAACAUGACGAACAUAAGGGCCAUGAUGAUCAUAAGGGACAUGGUCAUGAUGAUCACAAGAAACAUGAUGAUCAUCACCAUCAUGAGGAACAUAAGAAACAUGAUGACCAUCAUCAUGAUGAUCACAAGAAACACGAUGACCAUAAACAUUAAGAACAAUUUUGAAAUGAAGUCUGAUUUAACGAAAUUGGCUAGAUUGUCAUAAUAUAUAUUCCACUGUUUUUCUAUUUUUGUUUUUAUUUUAUUUAUAUUGAAAUUAAUAAAGUCCGAUAACAUUUGCAGCAUAAAAAA